GGGCGUGGCCUCGGCGCCCGGAGGCGGUGGCGGCUGCUGAGGAGAAAGGAGAGGAGCGAGCGGCCGGCCGCGGGGAGGCGGUGAGUCACCUGACCGCUGCCCGCCCGCCGUCUGUCCGUCCGGCCGGCCCUCUCGCUGCCGUCAGUCGGGCCGCGCCGUGUCUCGGCUCCGCUGUGCGUGUGCACGUGUGAACUUGUAAGCCAUUGCAGAAAGCAAGCAGCAUUGAUCUGUCAGCUGGCUCUGACUUGUGAGGUGAGCUGUCACCCCGAACUGCCUGAAUAGGGGUUUGAGCCACGAAUCAAUUCUCCGGAGUUUAAGGUUGGACACAGUGGGGAGAAUGCUUUCACGGCACGUCCCAGCCCCACUCGCAACUCAGGAUGUCCCAGGGGGAGAGCGCAGUGUUUGCCUAUGAGUCCUCAGUGCACAGCGCCAACGUCCUGCUCAGCCUCGACGACCAGCGCAGGAAGGAUGAGCUGUGCGACGUCACCGUCCUCGUGGAGGGGCGGCCAUUCCGCGCCCACCGUGCCGUGCUGGCCGCCUGCAGCACUUACUUCCACGCGAGGGUCCUGUGCCAGGCUGACCCGGAGCUCAGCAUUUCUCUCCCAGAAGAGGUGACAGUUAAAGGAUUUGAGCCUUUACUUCAGUUUGCCUACACGGCUAAGCUGCUUCUGAGUCAGGACAACGUGGAUGACGUGUGCAGGUGUGUGGAGUUUCUAGGUGUUCACGACAUCGAGGAGUCCUGCUUUCAGUUUCUCAGAUUUAAGUCCUUGGACUCGACUGCCAACCAGCAGGAAUGCCCGAGGAAAGCCUGCUUCCCCGCCCACUGCCAGAAAGCAGGCCUCAGGCUCCCACUUCCAGACCAGAGGGAUUUAGAAGUUAAUGAGGUGGAGGAAUUUUUGGAAAAUAAAAAUGGUCAGACUCCUCAAUGUAAACUCCGUGGAUGUCAAGGAAAUACAAAACCGUCACCUCCCCUACAAGACAGUGCCAGUCAGACAUGGGAGUCCAUGUGCCUAGACAAGGGGGCUGCUCUGGCUCUGCCAUCUCUAUGCCCCAAAUACAGAAAAUUCCAGAAAGCGUUUGGGACGGACAGAGUCCGCGCUGUGGAGUCGGGGUUCAAAGACGCUCACACUUCUGUUCCGCCCAGUGAGACGCCUGAAAGCGAGUGUCCGGGAGGAGCCCAGGACUGCGCAGACUUGCAGGUGGUUUUAAAAUGUGAAGAAAGUAACGCAGCAGCAGAGCCUGAAGACACCACGGAGGAGCCUGCCUCUCAGUGCCCGUUGGAGCAGACGGGGGCGCCGUUCCUCCACUCCCCCGCGGACCCGCCGGGCCUCUACUCGCUGUCCCUCCUGCACACCUACGACCAGUAUGGCGACUUGAACUUGGCUGGUAUGCAACCCACAGCAGUGUUAACCGAAAAGCCGUUGUCAGGCCCAGCUGCUGGAGAAGAGAAAACCUUUGCUGGAAGUGAGGAUUUACUUUUGAAACAGGACUCCAGCCCUGGGGGAGAGGGCGGCCCCGCUCCUGGUGGUCGCAGCAGUGUAGAGCGGGAGGUGGCCGAGCACUUGGCCAAGGGCUUCUGGAGCGACCUCUGCAGCCCAGACGCUCCUGGCCCAGUGCCGCUGUCACCUGCCGGGGCCAACGAUGGGGCAGGACAGGGCCACUCACAGAAGCGGUCCGAGUGCCCCUGGCUGGGGAUCAGGAUUAGCGAGAGCCCGGAGCCGGGCCAGAGGACUUUCGCAACGUUAAGUUCUGUCAACUGCCCUUUUAUAAGCACCCUGAGCACCGAAGGCCAUGUGAGCAGCUUGGAGAUAGGAGCUGACGGUUAUGCCUCGGAGCCCCAGCAGGAACCCUGUCCAUACGCCUGUGUGAUCAGCUUGGGGGAUGACUCUGAGACGGACACCGAAGGGGACAGUGAGCCCUGCUCAGCCCGAGAGCAGGAAUGUGAGGUAAAACUGCCAUUUAACGCACAGCGGAUCAUUUCCCUCUCUCGGAAUGACUUCCAGUCCUUGCUGAGGAUGCACAAGCUGACUCCAGAACAGCUGGACUGUAUCCACGACAUCCGGAGGAGGAGUAAGAACAGGAUCGCCGCCCAGCGCUGCCGCAAGAGGAAGCUCGACUGCAUACAGAACCUGGAGUCGGAAAUCGAGAAGCUGCAGAGUGAGAAGGAGAGCUUGCUGAGGGAGAGAGACCACAUCCUGUCGACGCUGGGUGAGACCAAGCAGAACCUGACCGGACUUUGCCAGCAAGUCUGUAAAGAGGCGGCUCUGAGCCAGGAACAGAUUCAGAUACUCGCCAAGUACUCGGCCUCAGACUGCCCACUUUCGUUUUUAAUUUCUGAAAAGGACAAAAGUACUUCUGAUGGUGCUCUUGUGUUCCCACCAAUUCUGAGUUUACCGGAGGGGCCUCCUGCCACGCCACCUGCUGGGGGCCAAAGCCCCUGCUUCCCCGGCGGCGGGAAGGGCAGUGGGUCGGGCUGCGUGCUGGCUCAGGAGUCUGGGCCGAGCCCCAGGGUGGCCCCGGAGUGCGCGGGGCCCUCAGAGCAGAGCCGGCAGAGCACAGGCAUCUCCGACUUCUGCCAGCAGAUGACCGACAAAUGCACUACUGACGAGUGAGCCUCAUUCCUCCUUCCAGCCCCCGAGCCUCCUGCUGAAGCUCUGGCGUGUGUCUUGAGCCUCAUCCAGCCAUUGGUCUGCUGACAGGGCUGUUUCCCCUCCGUGGCUGAAGGGGCUUCUCUGAGGCCCGAUGCCUCGAUUCCACAGAGAUGCAGAGAUGGCAGCUUUCUGGAGAUGGAGAAGUUCCAUCGAACACGUAGUGAGGCUUUUAUUCUGUUUCAAAGAAUAAUAACUGUUAGUAGCAACUCUCCCCCUCAUUCAAAAUGUCAGAAUGUGGACUAGCCUAUCCAGCAGCCGUGUAACUGCAGGCGCCUACAGGGUUCCCCGAGGAAGGGCCCGGGGAAUCAGCAGCCUGCCCUGCCUGCGUGUGCUGAGAGAGCCUGGCCCCAAGAGCUGAUGGGGCUGCGCACAGUGGGGCAGCUGCUUGGGAUGCCAGAAGCCUGGAGCUUGGCUCCUCAGCUCCUGCUAAAACCAGAGGUGGGUGGCCUACCGCUGUGACCUAAGCGCCCAUGGGCCUUGAGGAGCCGGGGCAGGCAGGUGGCCCAAGCAGAGGCUCUGGCCCUGUCAUGUGGCUCUUAGGGGCUGUGGUCAUGGUAGCGGGUAAGAGCCACGGCUUCUCUCCUCAGUCUACCCAGCUGGUCCUUGAGGUCUCUGCCUCCUGACGUUCUGUCCCUUUGCAGGGGGAAAUGGGAGUUGGAUUCAGGCAGUGUUGCCUUCAGCUCCGUGGACCCCAAGGGCUCGCCACAGCGCAGUGCCCUGCAGAGCCCGACGUCUGGGGAGAGGGCCACCUGCAGGACUGGGAGCGGCAGGCACUUUCAUCUGGUUUUGAAACCCUUUGGUUUACUUGUAAAAAGUAUUCUUGUAGAUUUAAAAGAUGCCUCCAGAACAACCGUAUAGGUUUGUGAAACGGGAUGAAACUCGAUCUUGUUUCAUGUGAAUUUGAAUUUGGAAACUUGAGUGAAUGUUGCUGUUCCUGAAUCUGGUGUCUCGGGGCCCACGGUCCUGGUCCUCUUAGUCGUCCUUUGUGUCUGCCCGUCCUGUUCAAUGCAGCUUUCACCUCUGAGUGCUCCCGCACUGCUGUUACAGACUUGUUUGACAAGGAACGCUAGACUCUUGGCCUCCUACCAUUACAAAAGCGUGUUCUCAGGCACAGACAUGUGCAGAGCCUGUUGUAAAGGGUACGAAGGGGUGGUUGAGGGUGUUUGGUUUAGACAGUACCUCACUGAGUCAGACACCCAAGGCUCCAUCCAGGGCGUCCUGAACCACGAGAAGGGCCCAUGGGUGCCACUCCCGUGGGGACAGCUCUCGUCCGGGACAGUGAGCCUGAAGCAAGGCAGCUUUGGCUGAGAGCACAGGGACCACUGAGGACUUUAGACUCCUGGCCAGGUGCGACCCUUUCUGAUGGGCGGUGGCUGCAGGAGGCAUUCCCAGUCUAUGUCUGUUACUGGCUUAGUGAUUGUAAGAGAAAACUAGUUGGGCUUGCUUCUAGUCUAGAGCAGUGGUUCUCAACCUUCCUGAUGCCGCGACCCUUUAAUACAGUUCCUCAUGUUGUGGUGACUCCCAAUUUCAUUGUGACAAAUUGAACAUAAUUAGAGCAUAGUGAUGAAUCACAAAAACAGUAUGUAAUUAUAUAUGUGUUUUCCGAUGGUCUUAGGCGACCCCUGUGAAAGGGUCGUUCAACCCCCAAAAGGUUCGCGACCCACAGGUUGAGAACCGCUGGUCUAGAGGCUUUCAUGAAUACACUCAAGAAUGUGUCAGGGAGAAUGAAAUUAGUUCUGUGCUAAUGCAUCCCAGCCCAUAAAGUGUGUGGGCACAGACAUCCCGUGUAGCUGUCUGAUACUUAUAACUUUAACUUCAAAAUACGAAAUAAUAUAAAAAUGCUUCUGGUUUACAAAUGUAAAAUCUAAUACAAGCCAAUGGAAUCCUUGAUUUCCUACCUCAGCGGACACUCAGCUGUCUGUCAUACAAGUAUGCGUGUGCGCGCGCGCGUGUGUGUGUGUGUGUGUGUGUGUGUGUGCGUGCAGGUGUCACAUGAUCUGCUUCGUUGCCCCGUAAAUAACUGCUUUGAAAGCUUCCUUUCUCCUUUAAUGAUAAAACCCAGUUGUCUCCAGAGUAUGAUUAUGAUUUUUAAGGCACUUGGUUUAAAUUGAUCUCUACAUAUAAACAGCUUAGCAUUAAGGGUUUAUGUUAAUGAUACUCCGAUUAUUGGCCAGCUGUAAAGCAUAGCAUUGUUUUACUAGCCAGCAUGGAAUACACAGGAACUACACUACCUCAUACCUCCAUAAUUUUCAAGUUGUAACAGAGGGACAGGAAGAUAAAAAAGAUUUUAUCUUUGUCUUUUGGCUGUAAUUUUCUACAUAUUGCAUAGGGUUACACACUUAUGCGUAUUUUAAAGUUAACUUCUAAAGAGGUUUUUUCCUAAAAGUGUGUUUAAGUUGAUUUUCCUGAGGGUGCGGAAGACAAAUGGCUGGGUUGUGUGCGCACGUGUGCAGCGUUUUCUUCGUGCAGAAGUCUGGGAAGGUUGUUUUCAGUCUUUGCUGUGUAGUCACACGGUCCCGGUCCCCAGGUCUAUGAAUCGGCUUUCUCAAUGCUUGAUGGUUUUUAAAAAGCUGUUGUCUAACUCAGCAAAAUAAUAUUACCUUAAAUUUGUUAUUUCAGCUCACCUAUAGCAAAUGAUUUGUUAAAUUGUUAUGCUCAAAGCAAAUAUGGAUAUAAAUCUUGGUUCUCCAUGUGUAACUUUUAUGACAUAAUUUACUGCAGCUUAAUGUUUUGCCAGUUUUGAAUAAGGAAAUAUAUAUAUAUAUAUAUAUUAAAUAUAUUUUUAUUUCAGAGAGAGAGGGAGAGGUAGAAACAUCAAUGAUGAGAGAGAAUCAUGGAUCGGCUGCCUCCUGCCCGCCCCACACUGGGGAUGGAGCCCCAAAACUGGGCAUGUGCCCUGACCAGGAAUCAAACCGUGACCUCCUGGUUCACAGAUUGAUGUUCAGCUCCUGAGCCGCGCCGGCCGGGCGGGAAUUAAAUAUUCUGAUGUGGUAGGCGAUACAGGUUGCAUGUGGACACUCAGCCCCAUUCACAGCUUGGAAAAAAAUCAGACAAAUGGCAAUGUUAUAAUGAAUUCUCAGGUGAACUUGUUUUGUAUAAAACAUCUGUUUUGAAUUUGUAAGUAUUUUAAAGGUUUACUAAGGCAUGUAAUAAACUAUUCUUUGAACCCUGUUGGGUAAAUGAAAAUUUAAAGCCAUAAUGGCAUACUAAUUGUAAAUAAACAUCUAUUGAUUUUUUUGUAUCUUCCUUAAUAUAAUUUUCUAACAAUGCAAUAAAACCACUAAAUUUAUAUAUUCAUAGCCAAUUAAGGUCAUGUUUCAUUAAAACAAAACUUUCAUAGUAUUUAAUUUAUAUUUCCUCCCUAAUGUGCUAAUCCAAAUGUAGCAAAACGAUAGAUGUUAGUUGUUGGCAAUAAAUUGACAGUUAAAUAAAAUUCCCUAAAAUUGCUUCUAA